CGCGUGCGGGCCGGCUGGGUCCCCUGUCCGCCUUCCGAGCCGCUGCCUAACUGGUCUCCCUGCUGAAGCCCGGCCUCAUUCUUGCCUCCCCCCCAACCCUGCGCGGGCGUGACGAUAGUUCUUCCCGGUGUUGCGCUCUCCGGAAGUGUCGAGCCUGCCCGAGUCCUUCGCGUUUCUACCGCUGGGUCUUGCUCGGGUCAUCUUGCAGCUGAUUUUCUCCCGUUGUCGCUCAGAAUCCAUCAGCCAAUAUGUCAAGCAAAAGAGCAAAGACCAAGACCACAAAGAAGCGCCCCCAGCGUGCAACUUCCAAUGUGUUUGCUAUGUUUGAUCAAUCACAGAUUCAGGAGUUUAAAGAAGCUUUCAACAUGAUUGAUCAAAACAGAGAUGGUUUCAUUGACAAAGAAGACCUGCACGAUAUGCUUGCCUCACUUGGAAAGAAUCCAACUGAUGAAUACCUAGAUGCCAUGAUGAAUGAGGCUCCGGGACCAAUAAACUUCACUAUGUUUCUGACAAUGUUCGGAGAGAAACUAAAUGGCACUGAUCCAGAAGAUGUAAUCAGAAAUGCCUUUGCUUGCUUUGAUGAAGAAGCAACAGGUUUCAUUCAGGAAGACUACUUGAGAGAGUUGCUGACGACAAUGGGAGACAGGUUUACAGAUGAAGAAGUAGAUGAGCUGUUCAGAGAGGCACCAAUUGAUAAAAAGGGCAAUUUCAACUACAUUGAGUUCACACGCAUCCUUAAACAUGGAGCAAAAGACAAAGAUGACUGAAACAGAACUCUUGCCUCUGCAAUUUUCUUUAAAUCUCACUUGCGGUUAUCUGAGGGUUUUUUUCCUGGUAGCACCUGUUGCAUGCAUUUAGCUUUUACAGCUUUUGCCUUUGAUGUAUUUAUCUAUACCAGGCCAUUCUGGCGCAUCUUGCACCUGUGUAAUCAGGCUGGUAGUGGGGAUUGAGAUUAAUGUGAGAAAUUUGGAGGGUAAGAUCAAGGACUCAGAAGGCCCAGGAAAAAAAAUCUCAAUUAUUUCUGGUUUAGCUGGAUUUUUACAUUUUGUAAUAAUGCCAUUUUGAAAUAAGAUUGCUAUAUCAAUAAAAUACCUCAAAUGCCA